GCGGAUAGGUGAUUGGUGAAGUGGAUUCAGUGCAAUCGCAAUCUGGUGAACAUACAAGAUGCGUCCAUCUGCCGGAAGAAAGCAUGCAUUUCAUAGCCAAAGCAAAUUUGGGACGGUGAUCUGGUCCGAGCAGCAAGAUGCGCACACUCUAUUUUCCGAUCGGCAUCAUCCUUGCCUGGUGCUGCUUUCAAGCAGCCGCUGUGACCACCAGUAAUGGAAAGCCUACAGGGACAUGGACGUACUAUUCGACAACGUUCACCACGAUCACUCCAGUAACGACGACAAGUGUGAUUGGGAGAUCGCGCGUCGUCAUACAAACGACGGUCACUGAUCCCAAGGUCUACACGAUCACUACUACCCGCGGUUUUCUCGCUGGCACGAAAAAGUUCUAUACAUCUACUGUCACCAAGACCGUCGGUCCGACCAACCCUGUGAGAACCUAUGUGCCGCUCGGCCCAGGGUUUACACCCAUACGGUCUCAAUUUGCAUACACUGCUCCUGUGGAGGUCGUGCGGUCGACUUCAACAGUCACCACGACAGGUCUCGAAUACUCACUGAUCGACACUCUCACUACCACACAAACCACAAUCAUUCGCAAGACAACAACCGUCGCCGAUCCCACCGCAACGCCAACGCCGUCGACGUACUUUCUAUUUGGCGUGACGACCAUCACCACGACGAAGACGCUCCCUGCAACAGUCUCGACGUUUGCGGCCUGUGAGACGGGCUCGGGAAAUUAUGCCAACAUCUAUCCCUGGGGGAAAGCCAUGGACAUCGUCAAACCCGACGACUUUGGAGAGAAGUACGGCCUCGUAUAUUCUCUACAACCGUCGCACGAGACCUAUUUCACCAAGAAUUACGACCUCACCAACGCCAAAGACUGCUGCAAUUUGGCCUUGAGCUAUCCUCUCUCGGCUUUCGGCAGCUGGCAGUCCAAAGACUCGUUCGGGCGGUCCAACGUGUGCUACAUCUUUUUCGUGCAGAGCCAAUCCGUGUGCGACCCGAGUGCAGUACAGUACUCCUUUGUUGACGCGGAGUAUGACCCCUGGGAGAAUUCCACAUAUUCUGUGUUUAACGGUGUCUGUGGAAGAGCCACGCCUGAUCAUCAUGGCCGUCAAUAUUAUAUUAACGGUGGUGCAUACGAGCCCGAGCAAUCCUAGGGACAUGCUGUCUAAGGUAGGGAUACUCAAUCGGAAGUUCUCGUUUCGAAUGAAUGAUGUUGCAGGCUCUGUUCUUUGUGCCGCAGCCACGAAGCAGCACGUGAAUCCUGUGUGUAUCCUUUCUGUUCAUGAUUCUUACGGUCGGAAUAGUUCAUUCAAUCGUUCUUCCUCAACAUUUCCACAAGCAUCAAUGCUGUUUUUACCUGCUGCAAGCAUAUUCGAGG